AUGGCGCCAAAUGGCACGGGUCGCAAGGCACCGGCCCCAGGCAAGCCAAAGACGUUCAAGUUUGCGUCGCGCUCUCGUGUCGACGACGCUCUAGGCUCCGAUGCCAAAAAGCAGUCGCUCAAGCUCAAGGAUGAGGUCGUCAAGAGGUUGCCCAAGGCAUCGAAGCCGGGCAACUGGGACUCGGACGUCGUAGGAGGUGAGUCCCUCCAGGCAGCGCUCUGUAUACUUGAGCUGACGUUGCGCCACAUCANNGGCAUAGACAAAGACACGAGUGGAGUUGUCAAUCGCGUGCCCAUGGAUGUCGCUAGGGCCUUCGUCACAGGCCAUCCUAUGCAGGAUGUUGCAGACAUUGUGCGCUGCAACCAUUGCAAACGCCCGGUACUCCGACACAAAGCCAAAGCACACAUAGAAGAGUGCAUACAAAAGAAACAGGAAAAGCAGCGCAAGAAGAAGGAAGCCAAGGACGCCCGCGACGCCGCCGCGCGCAGAGCCGAACGAGAGAACGCCGACAGUGAAUCCGAAGACGAAGACAUCACCAUGGCUUCCAAGACGGCCGGCAAGACCGACGGCACCUCUGGCAAGAAGCGCAAGGCCGAGGACACGACCGAAGGCGCAAAGAAGAAGAAAAAGAAGGAUGAGCCAAAGGCCAAGGCUCCUCGUCCAAAGGCUCCAGUCGAUGUCGAGAAGCAGUGUGGUGUUCCUCUCGCCAAUGGCGCUCAGUGUGCGCGCAGUCUGACGUGCAAGAGCCAUAGCAUGGGUGCAAAGCGCGCCGUGCCAGGCAGAAGCGCUCCUUACGACAAGCUGCUGGCCGAGUACCAGCGCAAGAACCAGGCCAAGCUGCAGAGUACAANNCAAGCUCUCGAAGCCCAGCAACCAUUCCAAGACGACGAGUUCGCCCAUGCCGGUCCCAUCGACUCGGACGAAGAAAAAGACCUUGUCCUUGCCGCCAUCGCUCGUUCACAGCCACGCCCGCUCUGGCAGGCUCAGCCCGUUCCCCUCAAACGCAAAUACCAAUAUGUACGCCUCAGGGAGAUGAUGAGUAGCGCGUUGGGCGGAAAGGGGCAUGGUCUCUUCCGUACCGGCCCUCCACCCGACGAGUACCACAACAAUCUCAUGAACGGCUUGGAUGCUAUGAAUGCGACCCCAGACAACAGCGACAGAAGAAUGAGCGGCGUGCAACGAACAAUGGCAGGAACACACUCCCGCAAGACGAGUGGCGUUCUCUGA